AUGUUUUUCCAUAUGCAGCUAAGUGACCAAGUGACAGGUGUGUGGCUUCUCUAUUGCGGCGCGCCGGAGAGCUUCGAUAACAUCUACCUGGACCUCUCAAAACAGCCAGGAAAAUGCAAGCUGGCUGAGAGCGGUCUCGGCUGGCGACCUUCUGGCGGCGGCGAUACCUUUACCCUGGAUAGCAGCAAUAUCGGUCACGCGCAAUGGAGUCGCGCCGCGAAAGGAUAUGAGUUGAAGAUUCUAUCACGGAAUUCAGGCGUCAUUCAACUGGAUGGGUUUGAACAAGAGGCUUUUGAACGACUCAGCAAGGCUUUCAAAAUCUGGUACGGUAUCAACAUUGAAAGUCGCGAGCAUGCCAUCCGUGGAUGGAACUGGGGUAAAGCCGAGUUCACCAAAGCCGAGCUCUCUUUCAAUGUCCAGAACCGACCUGCUUUUGAAGUCCCCUACUCCGAGAUCUCCAAUACCAAUCUUGCAGGCAAGAAUGAAGUUGCGGUGGAAUUUGCACUCUCAGCAGAUGCGGCCAACGGCGCUAAUGGCCAACCCGCGGGGAGCACCAAGAACCGUGGGCGCAAGGCCGCUGCGGGCCCAGACGAGUUGGUUGAAAUGCGAUUCUACAUCCCGGGAACAGCCACAAAGAAGGAGAAGACGGAAGGUGAUGAGGAAGAUAAUGAGGAAGAGGUCGAGGAGCAAAAUGCAGCCAACCUGUUCUAUGAGACACUCAUGGACAAGGCCGAGAUUGGAGAUGUGGCUGGCGACACAUUCGCAACAUUCUUGGAUGUGCUUCAUCUCACUCCACGUGGUCGUUUCGACAUUGACAUGUACGAGUCCUCCUUCCGUCUGCGGGGUAAGACAUACGACUACAAGAUUCAAUACGCGGCCAUCAAGAAAUUCUUCCUCCUUCCCAAGAAUGAUGAUGCCCACACCCUCAUUGUCCUGGGUCUCGACCCUCCUUUGCGUCAGGGCCAGACCAGGUAUCCGUUCUUGGUCAUGCAGCUGAAGCUGGAUGAGGAAAUUAGUCUGGAGUUAAACAUGACUGAGGAUUUGUUGAAAUCAAAAUAUGGUGACAAGCUCCAAGCCCACUAUGAGGAACCCAUUCAUCAGGUUGUCACCAAGAUCUUCCGAGGGUUGGCGGGCAAGAAAGUCAUCAUGCCUUCUAAGGACUUUACCAGUCACCACGGUCAUCACGGAGUCAAGUGUUCUAUUAAAGCCAACGAGGGUUCGCUUUACUUCCUGGACAAAAGUCUCAUGUUUGUGCCCAAGCCUGCUACGUACAUUCAGCUUGAGAAUGUGGCGGUUGUGACCAUGUCGCGUGUUGGAGGUGCGGUUUCCGCCAGCCGAACCUUCGACAUCGCAGUCACUCUGAAGGGUGGCCUAGGCGAACACCAAUUCAGCAACAUCAACCGUGAGGAGCAACAACCCCUAGAAGACUUCUUCAAGGCCAAGGGUAUUCGUAUCAAGAAUGAAAUGUUGGAAGAGUCAUCCACUCUUCUCAAGGCUGCGCUGAAUAACGAGGACAUGGGCGAGUCCAGCGACGAGGACGGUGGCAGAGCCGACCGUGGCUCGGCUGACGAAGACGAGGAGUCUGUUGACGAGGACUUCAACGCCUCUUCCGAGUCAGACGUCGCUGAGGAGUAUGACUCGGCCCACGAGAGCAGUGGUGAUAGCGAUGAGGAAAUGGCAGAUGCUGGAGAUGAUGAGGGUGAUGCUGGGUCUGACGGCGAAGAUAACACUCGCCCCAAGAAGAAGAGCAAGACUGGCAACUAG